AUGCUUGGCGAUAUUCUCUUCAGCUGGUUAUCUUUCUCCAAGCAAAAGCCCACUAACAGCGCUACCUGGGAUGCAACCACUGCCUCCAUCCAGAACCACCAGUUUACCAGCCCUAGUCCUCCCUCUACUGAGUGCGUGGUCACUGAGCAGCCUGACUUGCAGGAGAACAUGAAGCUACGUGGUGGUGAUUCUGGCGAUGUAUGUUGUGGCAUCUGCGCCGGUAUUCUCUGCUUCGAAUGCUGCUGCUAGUUGAAUUCACAAUCGAUGCCAUGAUUCUCUGCCUUGACGAUGGUCGCGAGAUGAUCAUAGCGCACAUGCCGAAGACCACGCAAUCGUGCUCAAGGGGUCCCUCCGACCUCCAUUGCUGGUUCAGUCUCAAGGAAGCAACCCUGAUUUAGCGUUACUCUGUGGCCGUCGGUCGCCCAAUCGGAAAUUCUCGGUUUAUUCCCUAGAUUACCUACUUUCCAUUCCUGCCUCAUCAUAUUCAUUUGUGCCUUGACCCUUGUAUCUCACCUUCACGCUGUCGCGACAGGAUGGAGUGGAGCGCCUUAUGAAAAGGCCCUGUAGCCCAGCAGUUCGAUUAGUUCUUCCG